CUGAUUGUUUAACUGCGAAGCCUACUAAAACUUAUAAGUAAUGAAAUGAUGGAAUAAAUAUGUCAUACUUUGGUUAUAUUUGUAUGCUUGAACACUAUAUUUAAUAAUGGCUUUAAAUUAUAAAUUAAUUCACAAAAAAACAUUACGCUGACCACGUUGCUAUUGAUACUUUUCCUACAAAGAAAAACUAGUUGGCGAUAGUUCGUAGUAUUAACACCGCGUAAAUAUGUCAAAUACUCGUAUCAGAUGUUUUUGUUGUCGUAGCUCCUGAUCUUAAGGGGGCCGCUGCCAUGAGCCAGAGCGUGGCAGCUUUUCUCCUCCCCUCCUGUUGCCGAGCCGGGAAGGGCUCCCCUGCCGCGGACUACCAGGCUAAUGAAAGAGCUAGCGACGGAGAGCCCACCAUUGGCUGCCUGUCCCGACUGCCCGAGCUGGCAGGCUGUGGCGUCAGGAAGGACCGGACUGACGGACGCGAAGGUGGAAAUACCCCCUAAAACGAAGGAUAUAAUAUUGGGAAGUCGAGGAAUUGCAUUUUUAUUGGACUUUUGGAUUCCAUAACUCGACGAAAACUAAGGUUAAACACUGUGUGAAAGUUUCCGAGUUGAUCUCGAUGUGGUGACGCUACAGUUCGGAGUCGACGGCAAGCUAGGUGUUAGCUGGCGUUUAAUGUUUUCAGUGCUCUUUAUUUUAGAAAUCUAAAUCCGCAUCGACGUUUUAGACGAUGGUAGGGACAUAAAGUCGAGAGAUGUCGGCAUUUGACCAACUUUUAGGUUACUCAGCGUGGGUAUCUCGGCAAAGUUAGUGUUCGAAACUAGCGAGCGUUAGCCCCCUAGCUGGCUAGAAGCUAACGUUUGGCUAAGUGUUAACCCCAGACGGACUCCAAGCCAAAGAAUUUCGCUUUAAAUGAAGCCCCAGGCUCCCAAGCGCACAGGUGUUUGUUUCCACGUCACUUUACUUGCUGUAUCGUUUGCUGUCUAUUCGUUUUAAAGUGUGAUACAUACACCCGAAAGAGCUUUACUUUUUAAAGUCUUCGUUCUUUUGAUACCUAAAGAAAACACUUGUCGAUAUGCAAUCGAAUCACCAGCUACUCGCCUAAUGCUAGCCAGCUCUCGCUGAAUUCGCCGGACGAAGUUGGAAUACUUGCUCUGAGGCCUUGUCUACGUUGGAAAAUUGCAUCCAAAGCCUUAAUAUACAUUAUCCCAGUUUGAGUGGAGUUAUUUUUCAUGUCUGGAUAUCCGGUAAUCCUCAUCAAGAUCCGAUAGGAGGACCAGGACUUCGUUUACCUGCCGGUGGGAAAUACUGUUGUUUGUCAAGAUGAUGUGUGAAGUGAUGCCCACCAUCAGUGAAACAGAAGGACCGAGUGGAGGAGGUAGCACAGGUCAUCGGGGGUCCGGCUCGCCCCUACAGUCCGACUCUGAAGGUCAUUUUGAGUCGCUGAUGGUGUCCAUGUUAGAGGAGAGGGAUCGUCUUCUUGAGACCCUCAGAGAGACUCAAGAAAAUCUGGGCUUGGCUCAGGGUAAACUGCAUGAAGUUAGCCAUGAAAGGGACUCUCUCCAGAGACAGCUCAACACGGCUUUACCACAGGAGUUUGCAGCACUAACAAAAGAGGUGAACAUGUGCCGGGAACAGCUUCUAGAAAAGGAGGAGGAGAUUGCAGAACUGAAAGCUGAAAGAAACAACACGCGGCUCCUCUUGGAGCACUUGGAGUGCCUGGUUUCUCGUCAUGAACGUAGUCUGAGGAUGACGGUGGUGAAACGACAAGCUCAAUCUCCUGCAGGAGUCUCAAGUGAAGUCGAAGUCCUCAAAGCCCUUAAGUCACUUUUUGAACACCACAAAGCCCUUGAUGAGAAGGUAAGGGAGAGACUACGAGUCGCCUUGGAAAGAUGCAGUGCUUUGGAGGAACAGCUGACCUUGUCACACAAAGAAUUGGCUUACUUCAGGGAGCAGAGCUGCCAGAAGAGGGGAUUGGCAGAUGGAACUAGUGAAGUCAACCACAACUCAGAAAAUACACCGAGCACUAAUGGGAAGCGGUCAUCAGACGGCUCACUGAGUCAAGAGGAUGAGACGGGUCAUAGUUUCGGCAAGGUUGGGGAACUCCAGGAGGUGGUGGACCGUCAGACUGCUGAUCUAGGCCAAAUGAAAGAGCGCAUGGCUGCAAUGGCAUCCAGAAUCAGUGAGCUCGAGGAAGAUCUGGACACGGCCAGAAAAGACCUCAUUAAGUCUGAAGACAUGAAUACAAGAUUACAGAGAGACCUCAGAGAAUCUAUGGCUCAGAAGGAGGAUAUGGAGGAGAGGAUCACCACUCUGGAGAAGCGGUACCUAGCGGCUCAGCGGGAAGCGACCUCCGUCCACGACCUGAAUGACAAGCUGGAGAAUGAAGUGGCUAACAAGGAAUCCCUUUUUAGACAAACUGAAGACAGAAACAGGCAACUCCAAGAGAAACUGGAGCUAGCAGAGCAGAAGCUCCAACAGACUAUCCGCAAAGCAGAGACUCUGCCAGAAGUGGAGGCUGAACUAGCACAAAGGGUAGCUGCCCUCACAAAGGCUGAGGAACGCCAUGGUAAUGUGGAGGAGAGAUUGCGCCAGCAUGAGGCCCAGUUGGAGGAGAAGAACCAGGAACUCCUCAGGGCGAGGCAAAGAGAAAAGAUGAAUGAAGAGCACAACAAGCGUCUCUCUGAGACAGUCGACAAGUUACUGUCUGAGUCUAACGAAAGACUCCAGCUUCACCUCAAAGAGAGGAUGUCUGCUCUGGAGGACAAGAAUGCCCUCAUUAGGGAACUAGAACACACCAAGAAACUGAUUGAAGAGUCCCACCAUGAAAAAGAACAGCUCUUGAUUCAAAUUGAAACAAUGAGGGCCGAGAAUGAGCAGGACAGGAGUAGGAGCAACUCUUUACUACAUGGAAGAUCACAGCUGGGAAGCACACCGGACUUUAGGUAUCCAGUGUCUGCUUCCUCUAUGAUGGACAAUAACUCGGACCACUAUGGCAGCGCUCUUGUCUUAAGGCGGCCCCAAAAAGGAAGAGUAGCAGCACUUAGAGACGAGCCAUCCAAAGUGCAGACCCUGAAUGAGCAGGAGUGGGAGCGUGUGCAACAGGCCAAUGUGCUUGCGAAUGUCGCCCAGGCUUUUGAGAGUGAUAUGGAUGCCUCGGACCUGGAGGACGAUGGAGAGACUCUCUUCAAUUCCGUUGACCUUCUGUCCCCUGGUGGGCAGGCUGAUGCUCAGACUCUGGCAUUAAUGCUGCAGGAGCAGCUCGAUGCUAUCAACAACGAAAUUAGAAUGAUUCAAGAAGAGAAGGAAAACACAGCCAUCCGAGCUGAGGAAAUCGAGUGCAGAGUGGGUAGUGGCGACAACCUAGGAGGCCGCUUCCUUUCCAUGAGCUCCAUACCACCGUCACUCUGUACAAGUUCUCCUAUAGGCAGCUCUCCUCCAGGCUCUGGUCACUCAACUCCAAGACGUAUUCCUCACAGCCCUCACAGAGAACUAGACCGCAUGGGUGUCAUGACUCUGCCUAGUGACCUGCGCAAGCACCGCAGGAAGUCUGCUCAAGAUGACAAAACCACUAUCCAGUGUGAGACAUCACCACCCACCACUCCACGCUCAAUGCGCCUUAACAGGGAAGCAGGUCAUGCUUCUAGCCAUGAGGACAUAAGAGACAUCCGAGGUGUGAUUGGCAUGCAAGAUGGGCAAGGUAGCAACCCAAGCAGCAGCAACAGCAGCCAGGACUCUCUUAACAAAGCAGCCAAGAAGAAGAGCAUUAAGUCUUCCAUUGGACGUCUUUUUGGGAAGAAGGAGAAGGGUCGUCCUAGCAUUCCUGGAAAGGAUUCUCCUAGCCAAGCUGGAACUCCUGAAGCAGAGAGCUCACCUAAGGAUGGCUUAGGAAUGGGCACCCUCGGUGGCCCUGCAGAAAAGAACAGAAAACUGCAGAAGAAGCAUGAACUGUUAGAUGAGGCGCGCAGGCAGGGCCUGCCUUUUGCCCAAUGGGAUGGACCAACUGUUGUCGUUUGGCUUGAGCUUUGGGUGGGCAUGCCUGCUUGGUAUGUAGCCGCCUGCCGCGCUAACGUAAAGAGCGGAGCCAUUAUGUCAGCACUUUCCGACACUGAAAUCCAGAGGGAGAUUGGCAUCAGCAACCCUUUACAUCGCCUGAAACUUCGUCUCGCCAUCCAGGAAAUCAUGUCACUCACUAGUCCGUCUGCACCUCCCACCUCUAGAACGACCACGGGAAACGUUUGGGUCACACAUGAAGAAAUGGAAAGUUUGGCAGCUACACCACCCACGGACGACGACGAAAGUAGCUGGGCCCAGACAUUGGCGUACGGAGACAUGAAUCAUGAAUGGAUUGGUAAUGAGUGGCUACCCAGCUUAGGUCUCCCACAGUACCGAUCAUAUUUCAUGGAGUCCCUAGUGGACGCUCGCAUGCUUGAUCACCUUACCAAAAAAGACCUACGAGGACAACUGAAAAUGGUAGACAGUUUCCACAGAAAUAGUUUUCAAUGUGGAGUAAUGUGUUUAAGAAGGCUUAACUACGACCGGAAAGAGCUGGAAAGAAGAAGGGAAGAGUCUCAGCUGGAAUUUAACGAUGUGCUGGUGUGGAGUAAUGAGCGUUUGAUAAAUUGGGUUCAGGCUAUCGGGCUGAAAGAAUACAGUGCCAACCUCUAUGAAAGUGGUGUCCAUGGGGCAUUGCUUUCUCUCGACGAAACCUUUGAUCACAACACCCUGGCGCUAUUGCUGCAGAUUCCCACACAGAACACUCAGGCCCGAACAACUCUCGAGCGUGAAUACAACAGUUUGCUGGCUAUUGGUACAGACAGGAGGAUGGAAGAGGAUGAUGACAAGAACUUCCGACGUGCCCCCUCGUGGAGAAAGAAGUUUCGGCCCAAAGACAUGAGGGGAAUGUCACUGGGCGUGUCAGACACUCUGCCUGCCAACUUCCGGGUGACCGGCAGCAACACCUCAUCUGCCUCCACGCAGCCAAAGAGGAGCCCACUGGACGGUAACCGCUGGUCAGAAGACGAAGGGGAAUUCCCCAUUUUCAAGACCAGGAUGAUGAACUAACAGAUUUUUAAAGACACUAAAAAUACGAUAUCACAGCUCACCAAUCCUUAGAGGAAACUGUCUAGAUGUAUCCACAUUUUUUUAUAUUUAUGCAAACCAAUGGGACAUUGAUAUGAUUUUAGAAUACCAUGUAAUCUUUUUUUUUUUGUCUUACAUUUUCUCAUUGUGCUUAUCAACUCUCAGAUGUAUGUAUCUGAAUGUUUCAACAUUCUGGAGUUUGUAAAUUUUAUCGCUUAUUUUUUUUAAUCAUCUUUUAUUUAACCAGAUGUAUGUUUUUUCCUCGUCGAUUUGAAAUAUAUUCAAUCGUUAAGUUACUUGUGACAUAAUUUAAUUCUAUGUUGUUACUCUUUUUAACUGAACUGUUCAAUUUUUUUUUUUUUUUUUUUUUGUAGCUUAUUGUGAUUUUCAUUUAAAUGCAGCUCUUAAGUAGGUCAAAGUGUGUGUGAGUAGGAGAAACGGCCGGAGACCAUUUUGCAAAACGAGUACUUCAUCCUCAUUUAGUACCAAUGCAAAGUUUUAAAUUAAAAAAACUAAAGCCAUAUAUCAGUAGCAGGCAAAAAGGCAAGGGGUCACGUUAAAAUGCAAGUGAUUCUCUUUCAUCGACAUUGCACGCAAGAACUUUCCCUUUGGUGACCCCGCCAAACCUCAACUUUUUCCAACCUUUCCCUUUAACCACAAAAAGCCUUCACCUCUGGAAAGUCCCACGCAGGAUGAGGCUGAAUGUACAGAAGAACUGAAAAUGAUAGUUUCUCGGGUAGACCAAUUUCACAGAAGCCUCGGGACGAGCCCCACUUAAAGAAGACAAGCCCAAACUUUUUUAUUUUCAAUUUUUACAGAGACUUUAUAUCAAGCCUUAUUGUUGAUUAACUACGCUGUCUUCUGUUCUUAUUUAUUAUUACUCAUUGAUGUUGUCUCUUGUUUUUUCAUAGCAUAAGCUUGACCUCCCUCCUCCAAAAGGUCAUGUUUGCUCUGGUUCCACAUUUAGCUUCAUGACAAAUUGGGAGGAACCAGUUUUCUUGAACCCUUGGUGUUGUUGAAAGCAUUUUUUGGUCAUUUCUCUGAUUCAUGUCCUGUGGAAAUCAUGUUGCUAUUAGUUCUGCUCUUCCCAUUCAAUUGCCCGAUUAUGUAACAUUGUACAGUCUGAGUACUUAUAAACUAUUUUUAUCACAGUAUUAUUUAUUGCCUACUUUCAAUAAAAUACUGAAAACAUUUUAAAUUUCAGAUGAAUAAUAAAAAUGCUCUUGCAAUACAUUGAUUCUUUGGGCUCAAAUCCAGGAAGAAAACUGCUUCAGUCUGAAGGGAAUAGGUACAGUUCUUGCACACACCUUAUAAUUGUUUGCAUUAGUCUAACACAUUCAUCUAACUAUAAUUUAGGCAGACUUCACUCCAUGCCCUUGGACACAGUAAAGUGAAUCACCUUAUCAGGGCUCAUGAGGGGGAAAUGGAAAAAUGGUACCAUUUCUCGUAGGCACCGUCUGUUUGCAUUACUCUAAACACACGUACAAUGAUUAUUCAGGGAAUUGGUAUCAUUUCUCCAGGGUACCUGCAGGUUAUUACAAGUAUUUAAAAAGCAUUGAAUUUAGUUUUCCAUUAUUAAAGGUAUUAAAAGUAUUAAAUUAGCUGUUGUAAGUCUGGAAUUUUUUCACCGUGGUCUUAAUUUUCAAGAACAUCUCAGUGCAACCUAAAUUAUAUCCGUGACGGUUUUUUU